AUGACACGCUCUACUGGAAGUGGUAGAAUGGAGGCUAUGCCAAGGCCUAUGGCCGCUGGAGGUUCCUCUCAAACUGUAGCAGAAGAUGACAAUGCCUGGCAGAAAUCAGCUGCUGCGUAUACUUAUAAACAACUGCGUGAGGCAGAUGAAGCAAAUUUGCUUAGUGAAGAAGAUAUGCAUGUUUAUGGUGAGAGACCCAUGACUGAUCCCUUGAAGCUGGUACGAUGCAAAACUUGCAAGAAACCAAUCAAGGAAAGCCAAUUUGCUGCUCAUGCAGAACUUUGUAGAUCAUUAAAGCUCACAGAACAAACUGGGCUGGAGUUUAAUCGCAACACAAGGAAUCGAAAACCUCCAAGGAAUGAUAAGAAAAAGUUAUCGGCUUCAUCUGCAGCUGGGAAGCGGAAAAAGUCUGAGUCGUUGGAUAAUAUUGACACUGUUGUGUCACAGUCCCACAUGAACAGUCAAAUCAGAGGGACUUCAUUUUCAAAUGAUGUUAAAGCUAGGAAGCGGAGAAAGUCUGAGUCUUUGGAUAAUAUUGACACUGUUGUGUCACAGUCCCACUUGAACAGUCAAAUCAGACGGACUUCCUUUUCAAAUGAUGUUAAAGAUGCGGUAGCUUCUUUGUUGGAUGAUUCUGGAGUUAGUUCUGGAAAUAGAGUUCUCCAAGCUUCAGUAAUGUAUCCUCCCACAAAACAUCAUAAAUUGAAGACAAGCACACAUAUAUCUGUAAUAGAUGAGCAUGGAACAGAGUCUGGAGUGUCAAAAGCUGCGAGUUUAACAAAUGGAACCACUCAUGCAGCGCCGACAUCUAUGUUGGAUGAUACUGGAGUUAAUAGUGGGAAUAGAGUUCUCCAAGCUUCAGUAAUGUAUCCUCCAACAAAACGACAUAAAUUGAUGGCAAGCACACACAUAGCUGUAUUAGAAGAGCGUGGAACAGAGUCUGGAGUGUUAAAAGCUGCAAGUUUAACAAAUGGAACCACUCGGAAAGAUAUGACUGAAGAGAUUGUAUCGGAACAUGGAGAUCCUUUCCAUAAAAAUGGUCAGCAGGUCCAUAUGCAACACCAACACAUGAAGAAUAAUGAUUUUCCUGCACCCCUUGCUACGAAGAUAUAUUAUUCUCAAAGGACUAAUCGACUGCGUGCUGCUAUUCGUCAUAUGUACUUUGAGAACCUGAGCGAGGAAGUACGUGCCGAUGUUGAGUGUCCAAAGACAUCAAAUGAAGAGAUGGUUGCAUUGCAAGGUUUGUCUCAGGUGGACCCUUCAUUUGAGCAAAUGGACAAUGUGGUCAACAAGGAGAGCCACUCCGGAAUGAUGUACACCAAAAAUUCUGAUGAUAUUCUUGCAAAACGCUCAGAAGUUUGCUUGCUUAAAGCAGGAGGCGUGCCUAGUGAUGGCUUGUCAAAUCAGUUUUUUCUUGACAACGUUUCAAGGUCUGCAGCUACUCAUGUUGGUUUAACUAGAGGCAGUUUUCUUCCAAAGGCUUAUUCUUUUCCAAGCAACGCAGGGAAUCGCCUGGAAACCCUGCAACAGCCAAAUGGGAGUGUUCCUGUUAUCUAG